AUGCUGAGGAAGUGUCUUCACCCUACAGAGGAGUUAGUGGCUAGGAUUCCAGAGGAUCUUCAGCCAGAUUUGACAGUGCCGGCAGUGCCUGUGAGGAUUUUAGAGAGGAGGGAAAAGGUUCUGAGGAACAAGAGGAUUCCCUUACUGAGGAUUUUGUGGGAUUGCAGUGGUUCUACAGAGGAGACUUGGGAGCCAGAGGCAAAGAUGAAAGUUGAAGUUCAGGAAGUGGUUCGACAAGCAGACUCUCUGGGUGCAAGUAGGCCUCAGUUGAGUGUAGCUUAUCUGGGUGCAAGUAGGCCUCAGUAUAAGCAGUUUAGUUCAUCUGGGUGCAAGUGGGCCUCAGUAUGGACGUUUCGGGUUCGUCUGGGUGCAAGUGGGCCUCAGUGCGGACCGGUGUGGACUUGUCUGGGUGCAAGUGGGCCUCAGUACAAGUGGUUUGUGUGUUUGGAUGAUGAGUUAGGAGUGAAAAUUUCUUGGAACGUGCUUAUGACAUAG